AGCAGUGGAAAGAGUCAGUGCUGCGCGGGCCUCCGUAGCGUGAGGGUGUGCUGUGAAUGCAACGGGCUGCGCCGCGACAGACGUCGGUGCGUGCGUGCAUGCGUGCGUGAAGGCGUGCGUACGUGCCCGCCAUUGCUCCCGAGUACUUUUCGCACUCGGAAGUUGCAUAUACGGGCUCGCUCCUCACGAUCUUUUCUUCAGACACUUGGUUUUCUUUUUUCUUUUUCUUUUUCCCCCUUUUGUUCGUUUCUUUUUUGUCGCCUCGUUAUUCUUAUCGAUUUCCGUUCCGUGCGUGCGUGCAUACGUGCAUGAGGACGUGCGUAUGUGCCGCGCUACGUACAACUUGGUGGAGGAAAACUUUAGAAAACUUUCGUCGACGGAAACUCGUGCAUGUCGCCUGUGAGCGAACGCGCCUGUGUAUUUUAGUCUGUUCCGUUUACUCGUCCCUUCUGUUUCCCCUCGAGACAAAUGCGCCAGGCAGACAAUCCACCGGAUAAUGCACUCCGCUAUUAUGCACUCGUCCGAGAGAUUUCGAGCACCACCGACGACGUAAGUCUUGCCGAAUUGCGAAGCUCAUCAAGAACCCAUGAAGCAUAGCUGUGAGAAUGGAGCACCUGAUAAGAAUAAACGAUUCAGUCAAUCGUGAGAAGAAAGAAGAUUCAAAAGACAAAUUUAUGACUCGUUCUUUCUUCAUCAUUACGCGAGAAAUGGAGGAAUAAAAGAUUGACUCGAACUCGAUUUCUUUCGAGUAAACGUUAUUGACAUUGUGAAAAAGCAAUUAUUCUUAGUCGUGCGCAGUGCAUUAAGGGAAGGAGGUGACGCAUUAAUAGGGCAAAAGACCACGAAGAAAGAGGACGAUAGUGCCGACGAAGAAGAGGAAGGAACGUCACGUCGCGCGGUACCCAGCGGCAAGUCGCAUGGGGAGUCGCAACGCUUAGCUGACUGGAAAAGAAGAAAUCAUGCGUCCCCUGACGGCGGUCGACAUCGAUACCGAACCCGCACGCAGCAACGAGGAUGUAUCGCUGGACAGCGAUGUUGGCUCGCGCGGAUUCGAGAAGUGCGGCGGCAGCGGUUGCAGCAGCAGUGGAAGCAACGGAAUCCGCGACAUUAUCAGCAACACCUGCGGCCACCACUGCGAUCAUCAUCACGGCGACGAGGGCAACGAUAGCGACGCCAAUUUCUGGGCAUGUACGUCUUCUAUCCGGCGGACGAACUUCUGCGUAUCUAUGAGAACCCGAUUCGAGAGUCAUUGACUGUCGACGCGACGAUAAACGCCGACUACGAGGAGACGGAAGAUCAGCAAUAUUAUCAGCAGCAGCAGCGAAUUAUCUCUACGAACGACGCGCGUAAACGCAAGAAGGAGAAAAAGCGAGAGACUGGUCAGACAGCGGCCAGCAGGAGGCAAACCGUGCGCAACGCCGGCAUCAACGGCAUCGGUAAGAGAGAAGGACGACGUUGCGAGGAGCAGCACGCCGGGACUAUGCAAAAUAAUCGUGCUUCCGGCUCCGAAGAAGCCGCCAAUCAUCCCCUCAAGGAUCUCACGCAGCCGAGUCUCAACGAGUCGCUUAAGCAGCACAAUGGCGUCGCGCUCAAGCUCGUGCAGACGGUCUCCGAAUUCGCCCAGGAAUUGGGCGCCGCGAUGGAGAGCCACUCGGCGAACGUGCGGCGUCUGGUUGACGAAUUUCGCGGUCGAUCGGGCGACGCAAGGAUCGACGUCGGUGGUCUGCGACGCGUUUGGGAGAGUCUGCUGCGGCAAGUCGAGGCAGACGCGGCGUCUCACCUCGAUCUGGCCGCGGUCCUGCAGCAACAAUUGUCGAGACCCACCAUAGAAGCGAGCUUUCAUCGAAAGCUGCAGUCGAGGAAAGUAUUCGCGCAUCGCGAGGCUUACGAGCAGGUGGUUAGCAAAACGGAGGAGAAGUUGCAGCGCGCCAGAUUGGAUUACAAGCGAGCCUACGCAACGUUGCUAACGAGCGAGGCUGGCAGUGGUGCCGAACAGGAAUUGAAGCGCGCUUACUUGGAGUCGCACAACGCCUACAUCCUGCAGCUACGCGCCACCAACGCUAUUACCGAACGCUAUCAGCUCCAUUGUCUGCCGGGGCUGUUAGGCGAGAUUGCCGAGGUCUACGAGGAACUUUGUGGAUUGGCCUGCAAAUGCAUCUCCGGGAUCUCCGAGGCGGCCAGCGAGCGCUCCGGCGAACAGUCCAAGCGUUAUCAGGCCGUGGCCAAAGAGGCCCAGUCGGUCGUGCCGACCAACGAUCUACAGGCCUUGGCGCGGAAUCUGUCCGCGAACGCGACACCACGCAAGCCACCGCGACGUCUGUACGUCGCACCGGCACCACCCGAGCAGGUACCGAUGGAGAGGAUCAAUCAAAUACCCACGCUCAGGGAUGAACUGGUACCAACGGGCACCAGUACGCUUCCAUUGAUGGAAGAUCUUAAGCACGAACACGACAGCCUCACCCAGGAAAUAGGUCGACAACAAGACGCUCUGGACACUUUGGUGCGAAUGCAACGGAAGAGUGCCGAGAGUAAUCUGUACACAAAAGUGGCCGAGCUGCAGGAAGAUAUUUCACUGAAGCGUUUUGACCUCGGUGUAGCGCAACUACGUUUAGCCGCGGUGCAAGCACAGAAGGAACUUUUUGGGGGCGGAGAAGCUGGUCAACCGGACGGGAUGGCCAGUCGAAAGAUGUCAAACGGCUCGACCGGAAGCCCCAAGCUCAAGUGGUUAAAGGCCUUCAAGAGUUUGAAGACCAGCACGCCCACGACACCGCCGCUGUCCGACAAAGGAAAGCAGGCGACCAUGUACCACGCAGUUUCCACCGUCGUCGCCAUGUCCAGGAAGAGCCUGGAAUCCGAGGGCGGACACACCUGGCGCGAGUACACGUAUCGCAAGAUCACCCCCUGCGAUGCAUGCGGCCAGGUGCUACGCGGUCAUAGUCGCCAGGGGGUACGAUGCCGUGGUUGUAAAGCGAACGCGCACACAGACUGCAUCAACAUGAUACAACCGGCAUUAUGCCCGAGCUUGGCGCCGAAGAAAAGCGGCGGUAUACCAUUGCUACGCCGGCAGAAAACGCAAGUGGCCUCCGACGAGGUACCGACAUCGUCCGAGCACAACGUGGACGCCAUAUACCAGGUGCUGAAGCAGGCAGGCGAGAUCCGUGGAAACUCGACAAAUUCACCACCUACGCCUCCCACAGCAGAACAUCCCCCCUCCGGGGCAGCACCUUUGUCAGCGAGGGCCUCCUCCCAUCCCUGUUCCUCAUCCACUUCUGCGCCACACAGCCCGCAACGUAGACGCGAGAGGCUGAAUUUGAGGAUGAAGAGCCUUAGCCUGGACUCACCGGAAGGUACCUCGCACGUUCGGCAUCGUCCACGGGACUACUAUGCCGCGGGCACGAGGGAAACCACGCCACCCCGACACUCUGACAGCGGCAGUAUUAACAGGCUGUUACGCGGAAUUCAACAUCCAAGAUCAUAUGAAGCACCCUGCAGCCCAGGUCAGGGCGCCAUGCACAAGCACGUGAGAAGCGCUAUCAGGAUGUCGAGCAUGGAGUUGCCGGACGAGAACGAAAAGUCGUAUUCGUCGGCGAGCACGUCGCCGUGCCCAUCGCCGCACACCAACAACCAGAACCACCUGAAUCCACCAGGCAAACGUGUACUACCGCCGAACAACCUGUAUGUCGUCCUGUACAAUUUUGAGGCACGGCAUCCCGACGAACUGGAUCUCAAGGCCGGUUACAAGGUCACGGUGAUCGAUAAAUCGGAGAAGGAUUGGUGGAAAGGCAAGUGUCUCGGUGGCCGUGCCGGUUACUUUCCAAGUGCGUAUGUCAUGCGAGUCGAAUCCGGUCAGAAAACUCUUCAGGUCACGCGCAACCUUCAGCUAGCUGAUCAAACGACCCUACUGCGAGAUCAGAUCGUAAUCCAGGUGGGCGAAGAAAUGGACGGCGUGGCGAUGGUGAGGUGCGCAGCUGACGUGCGAUCGGCCGAUCACACGGGCAAGGAGGGCGACGUGCUCUACAAGGAGAUUCUCUGCCCCCUCAAGUACUUGCAAGAAGUGUGACAGCAGCCUUAUCAUCAUCAAA